CGCACACACGCAGCGUCUCCACAAACCCUAGCAUAUUUCCUCUUCUCUCUCUUCGAAGCCCUGAUCAAUGGCUUCUCGAAGAUUGCUAUCGUCUCUCAUCCGUUCUUCCUCUCGCCGAUCUGCCUCCAAAUCAUCCACUCUCUCAGGCCCUAGCCCUAGACUUUCGUCACCGGCUCCUUCUUGCCGCCCAUCUCCAUGCGGGUAUCUCCUCUCACACGCCGCGGAGUAUGCCACAUCCUCGGCAGCCGCUGCGGCACCGCCCACGCCUCCUAAGGUGGAGGCGAAAAAGACAAGUGGGAAGAUCACCGAUGAAUUCACCGGAAAAGGUGCGGUCGGGAAGGUGUGCCAGGUGAUCGGUGCCGUUGUGGAUGUGAGAUUCGAUGAGGGACUUCCUCCUAUCUUGACCGCGCUCGAGGUGAUAGACCACUCGGUCAGGCUGGUGCUCGAGGUCGCUCAGCACUUGGGUGAGAAUGUGGUCAGGACCAUCGCUAUGGACGGAACCGAGGGGCUCGUUAGAGGUCAGCCUGUCCUCAACACCGGGUCUCCUAUUAAGAUUCCUGUUGGUAGGUCUACCCUUGGACGUAUCAUGAAUGUUAUUGGAGAGCCUAUUGAUGAGAAAGGAGAUAUCAAAACGGACCACUAUCUGCCCAUCCACAGAGAAGCUCCAGCUUUUGUUGAUCAGGCAACUGAACAACAGAUCCUUGUCACUGGUAUCAAGGUUGUUGAUCUCCUUGCACCGUACCAAAGGGGAGGAAAGAUUGGACUAUUUGGUGGUGCUGGUGUAGGAAAAACAGUGCUUAUUAUGGAACUGAUUAACAAUGUUGCCAAAGCACAUGGUGGUUUCUCUGUGUUUGCUGGUGUUGGUGAGCGUACUCGAGAGGGUAAUGACUUGUACAGAGAAAUGAUUGAAAGUGGUGUCAUUAAGCUAGGAGACAAGCAGGCUGACAGCAAAUGUGCUCUUGUAUAUGGUCAAAUGAAUGAGCCCCCUGGUGCUCGUGCUCGUGUUGGGCUUACUGGUUUAACUGUUGCUGAACACUUCCGUGAUGCUGAAGGACAAGAUGUGCUUCUCUUUAUUGAUAAUAUUUUCCGUUUCACCCAAGCUAACUCUGAGGUGUCUGCUUUGCUUGGUCGUAUCCCAUCUGCUGUCGGUUACCAACCUACUUUGGCUACUGAUCUUGGAGGCCUUCAAGAGCGAAUUACAACCACAAAGAAAGGUUCUAUAACCUCUGUCCAAGCUAUAUAUGUGCCUGCUGAUGACUUGACGGAUCCUGCACCUGCAACGACUUUUGCUCACUUGGAUGCUACCACUGUGUUGUCACGACAGAUCUCCGAGCUUGGUAUCUAUCCUGCUGUGGAUCCUCUUGAUUCUACAUCUCGUAUGCUUUCCCCGCAUAUUUUGGGUGAGGAGCACUACAACACUGCUCGUGGUGUUCAGAAAGUUCUUCAAAACUACAAGAACUUGCAGGAUAUCAUUGCUAUUUUGGGAAUGGAUGAGCUUAGUGAAGAUGAUAAAUUGACUGUUGCUCGUGCUCGCAAGAUUCAAAGGUUCUUGAGUCAACCUUUCCAUGUAGCAGAAGUGUUCACGGGUGCCCCUGGCAAGUAUGUGGAGUUGAAAGAGAGCGUAAACAGUUUCCAGGGUGUGCUUGAUGGAAAAUAUGAUGAACUCCCAGAACAGUCAUUCUACAUGGUUGGAGGCAUUGACGAGGUUAUGGCAAAGGCAGAGAAAAUUGCCAAGGAAUCAGCUGCUUAAACCAUUCAACCUCGAUUUUCUUCUUGUUCUUUUCUCUAAUAGAUGCAAAAAUCAAUAAUCUAGGUGGUGUUGGUGAUACCAACAGCAGGAUGUUCAAUUUUUUGGAACCCAAAUGUACUCGAGGAUUUUUUUAAAUUUCCAUAUUAAGGUUAUGGCAGAGUGUGAAAGUGCAACAGAACUGGAAGCCGGUCCUGCCAAGAUCGCUUUUUUCUUUUAAUUUAAUAAGGGGAAAAAGGAAGGCGGACGUGUAUAUUUUUCCUUGGAUUUUCAGAACAUCGAAUGCUCUAAUUGCGUUUUUUUUCUUUCCGCAAGGGUACUGUUUAUUUUA